AUGUAUGCGAUGGAGCUCCUCCAGCGGUUUGCCUAUCUGAUUCUGCUCCAUGUCACCUUCGCAGCAGCAUCUCCCUAUACCAAUGUCUCCCAACCCCUAUCUGAUCGAGACAUCUCAAUAAAUGGAAACCAAUACCACUCUCCGGCACAGCCAAAUAACCCCGCCCGAGACCCAACGUGCAACCAUUCGGACUAUGAGAAAAUUUACUGCCCUGCUCCAUCGAUCUGCUAUCACCAGAGAGGCGGUGCACCGGCCUGCUGUCCACCAGACACAAAUUGUGAUCCACCAUGGAUGCGUGAUACCCCUCCAGGACCAUCACCGUCCCAGCCUGGUGCACCCGCCACGCAGCCGCCGUCAUCGGCAGACCCAACGCCACGGUCGGACCAGGCGAAUGGAAGCGGUAAUUCAGGAGUAGGCGUUGGUGGUAGUUCGAGGGCAGAGAACAAUAACUCGAAUAACCUCAAUGUGAACGUUAAGAACUUUGGGCCCAAAGUGUUCAGCAGGAAUGCCGGGUUGGUUCUGUCUGUUUCAUUGCUUGCGGUGGGGGCUUUGGUUAUUUUGUGA